AACCUGCUAUAGGCUCCUUAUAUUAUAUAUAACCCUAAUAUCUCUAUAUACCCUCUGUCUGGUGUAAUAUCCCCCCUAUAUACCCUCUGUCUGGUGUAAUAUCUCCCCCUAUAUACCCUCUGUCUGGUGUAAUAUCUCCCCCUAUAUACCCUCUGUCUGGUGUAAUAUCUCCCCUAUAUACCCUCUGUCUGGUGUAAUAUCUCCCCCUAUAUACCCUCUGUCUGGUGUAAUAUCUCCCCCUAUAUACCCUCUGUCUGGUGUAAUAUCUCCCCCUAUAUACCCUCUGUCUGGUGUAAUAUCUCCCCUAUAUACCCUCUGUCUGGUGUAAUAUCUCCCCUAUAUACCCUCUGUCUGGUGUAAUAUCUCCCCCUAUAUACCCUCUGUCUGCUGUAAUAUCUCCCCUAUAUACUCUCUGUCUGGUGUAAUAUCUCCCCUAUAUACCCUCUGCUGUAAUAUCUCCCCCUAUAUACACUCUGUCUGGUGUAAUAUCUCCCCCUAUAUACACUCUGUCUGGUGUAAUAUCUCCCCCUAUAUACACUCUGUCUGGUGUAAUAUCUCCCCUAUAUACCCUCUGUCUGGUGUAAUAUUUCCCCUAUAUACCCUCUGUCUGGUGUAAUAUUUCCCCAUAUAUACCCUCUGUCUGGUGUAAUAUCUCCCCCUGUCUGUGGGAAUAUCUGCAUAUGGUACCCCCUUGUAUGUACCCAACUAACUGGCGGAUAUCUGCGCAUGAAACCUUAUGCAACUUGCUUAUAGAGCAUUAUCCAUAUAUAUGUUAUUUUCUGCCUGUAUAAACACUGUUGUUCCCAUAUGUGAGUUCUAAAGUUUUGUAAAGCACCCCUUUUCCAUGUAAUCUUCUCUCAAGUCUCCAGGCUAGAUGCAUUUAGCACAGGAACCUUGUGGUCCUAUUGAUGUGUCAUUCCUUCAUGUGAUACCUCGUGCACCUGUUGACAUUCCGUGUCUGUUUAAUCUCUCCACGUGACACUUUAUUACCUGAUGUUCAGUCUCUUCAUAAAGUGCUGACUCGCUUGUGUGUAUAUAGCACAAGUCACUUUUCCCUUUCAUUCCCUAUCCACAUGGGCAAUACUUCUCUUUUCUGGGCACUUACAGCUACUUGUUGAACUUAUUAUCCUUCUAUUUGUGUCUGUAAGUUACACUCCCACUUAGAUUGUAAGCUCUACUGGACAGCUAUCUCUUCCUCUUUAGGGAUGUCUCGGACUGUUCGCCCGCGAACUAAUUCACGCGAACAUCGGCUGUUCGCGUCCGCCGAAUGUUCGCGAACGUCGCGCGACGUUCGCCAAUUUGGGUUCACCUUAGCUGGCGCUUAUUUUUGACCUCUCACCCCAGACCAGCAGAUACAUGGCAGCCAAUCAGGAAGCUCUCCCUCCUGGACCACCCCCACACCCCCUGGACCACUCCCCUUCCAUAUAUAAACUGAAGCCCUGCAGCGUUUUUUCAUUCUGCCUGUGUGUGCUUGGAAGAGCUAGUGUAGGGAGAGAGCUGUUAGUGUUUUGAGGGACAGUUGAUAGUAACUUUGCUGGCUAGUAAUCUACUUGAUACUGCUCUGUAUUGUAGGGACAGAACUCUGCAGGGAUUUGAGGGACAGUGAGUUUAGGUUAGUUAGCUUUGCUGGCUAGUAAUCUACCUUCUACUGCAGUGCUCUGUAUGUAGCUGCUGUGGGCACUGCUUCUGAUCUCAUCUGCUGACUGCUGCCUGUAACCCAAUAGUCCUUGUAAGGACUGCUUUUAUUUUCUUUUUUGUUUUUUUACUUUGCUACUAUAAGAGCCCAGUGCUAUUAGUCUAGCUGUGUUGGGGAGUGGGACUGGUGUGCUGCUCCUCCUAGUAGUUCAGCACCAACCAGAGUAAUUUUUUUUUAAUAUAUAUAUAUAUUUUUUUAUUUUACUUAUCUUACUGUUCUUUAACGUGUCCAGUGCUGUUUGCUGUUCUUCAUAGUAGUGCACCAAUAGUAGUGCACUUGCAGGCAUUGUUUGCCCAGUGUGUUCUUCAAACAACUGCCACCUAGCUGUGUGAGCUUUUUCACAUUCUGUCUAAAUAUCAAUAAUAAUACCGUCUCCAGAAACACCACCUGAGUGAUGUUUUUCAAGCAGCAAUAAUAUAUUCCGUAUCCACUGCUGUAGUGUAUACGUUGACCUUGCAGGCAUUGUUUGCCCAGUGUGUUCUUCAUACAACUGCCACCUAGCUGUGUGAGCUUUUUCACAUUCUGUCUAUCAAUAAUAAUACAGUCUCCAGAAACACCACCUGAGUGACGUUUUUCAAGCAGCAAUAAUAUAUUCCGUAUCCACUGCUGUAUACGUUGACCUUGCAGGCAUUGUUUGCCCAGUCUUUAACCAAGUGCCACCUAGCUGUGUGAGCUUUUUCACAUUCCGUGUCCAGAAACAUCACCUGAGUAACGUAGUGUGAUUUCUGCCCUUUACAGCACAAAACGCAGCGCUGUGUCAACAAUGUAUUUUUCAGAUACAUUUUUGCCCUUGAUCCCCCUCUGGCAUGCCACUGUCCAGGUCGUUGCACCCUUUAAACAACCUUAAAAUCAUUUUUCUGGCCAGAAAUGUCUUUUCUAGCUUUUAAAAUUCGCCUUCCCAUUGAAGUCUAUGACGUUCGCGAACCGUUCGCAUUUUUGGACGCAAGUUCGCGAAUAUGUUCGCGAAUAUUUUUUUCCGCCGUUCGCUACAUCCCUAUUCCUCUUGUCUCCUAAACACACUUUUUACAUUUCUUCAGUAGUUUGUAUUUUACUGUUGCACUGAUCCUGUUUUAGUGUGUUCUGAAUUGUUCUACUGUAUAGUACUGCACGAGCAUGCAUAUAUAUAUUCACUUCUUUGAUUUGUGUUCCCAGUGCUGUUAUUUAAGAAAGUGUUACUGGUAAAGUCACAAUGCUGCAGGCUGUUAUACAGGGAACUCUGAGUAUCACUCAUGUAUUAUAAGGGAUAAUGUACCCCCUACUGUAAAUGAUAAGGAUAUUAGAAGCCACUGAGGGGUUGUUCUGUGACCAUAUAAAGGCACAAGGCUGCAGGCUGAGUUAUACAGGGAACUCUGAGUAUCACUCAUGUAUUAUAAGGGAUAAUGUUCCCCUACUGUAAAUGAUAAGGAUAUUAGAAGCCACUGAGGGGUUGUUCUGUGACCAUAUAAAGGCACAAGGCUGCAGGCUGAGUUAUACAGGGAACUCUGAGUAUCACUCAUGUAUUAUAAGGGAUAAUGUUCCCCUACUGUAAAUGAUAAGGAUAUUAGAAGACACUGAGGGGUUGUUCUGUGACCAUAUAAAGGCACAAGGCUGCAGGCUGAG